AUGACUACGUCUACGGCCCCAGCAGCCAUUGCCAGUCUUUGGAAAUGCGGCUUCCUUUCCACCAGAGCAUUUUCUGGGUCGACAAGCAGCCUCUAUUGUGCGAAGAAUGAGAAAUCGAGCGCAAGGAAAAUUUAUAGGAGUGUAACUGCCACAAUCGAUCAUAAGCCUCCGCCAUACUCACUUGAUGCUUUGGAACCUCAUAUGAGCCGUGAAACAUUUGAAUACCAUUGGGGAAAGCAUCACAGGGCCUAUGUCGAUAACCUCAACGCGCAAAUAGUUGGUACGGAACUGGAUAUAAAGUCGUUAGAGGAAAUUGUGCUUCUAACGUAUAACAAGGGUGAUUUCCUCCCGCCCUUCAACAAUGCUGCACAGGUAUGGAAUCACGAGUUCUUCUGGGAGUCCAUGAAACCGGGUGGUGGAGGCAAGCCAUCGGGAGAACUUCUAAAAUUGAUAAACAGAGACUUUGGUUCUUUUGAAGCUUUUGUGAACGAAUUCAAGGCAGUCGCAACUACUCAAUUUGGUUCUGGUUGGGCUUGGCUCGUAUACAAAGCAAAUAGACUUGAUGUUGGAAAUGCCGUGAAUCCACUUCCAUCUGACGAGGACAAGAAGCUUGUGGUGGUUAAGAGCCCAAAUGCUGUAAACCCUCUUCUCUGGGAUUAUUCUCCACUUCUUACGAUUGAUGUUUGGGAGCAUGCUUACUACCUCGACUUCCAGAACCGCCGCCCGGACUACAUAUCUACAUUUUUGGAGAAGCUUGUUUCGUGGGAUGCUGUACGUUUCAGGCUUGAAGCAGCAAAGGCUCGCGCAGCUGAGAGAGAACAAGAGGAAGAAAGGAAGAAAACAGAAUAUGAAGACAAUAUUACGAAGUUGGAAGCAAGGGAACUGUAUUUAAGCAGCAGUGAUGAGGAUGAUUCUGAGGCCGAUUGA